AUGGAACGCAACAAUGAAGCGUACAUGCCGCACAGUGUACCAAAGUUUUCGGCUACUACGUUCAAUAAUGCAAAUUUCGGCAUGGAAUAUUUCAAAUCAAUUGAUUGUUUAGUUGUCAAGCAUAUGUUUUCCUGUAUGGAAGCAUGGACUGGUAUUGCAAUGCAGGCAAAAUAUGACAUUUAUAAUCAAAAUGGUGAAAAAGUGUUCUAUGCAAUUGAAGGUAAAACUAAUUAUUUGGAAUUGAUUCAAAUACGUCGUGAAUUUACAUGUUGCUCAGGAUGUUGCUGGUGUGGUAGUUGUCCAUCAUGUAUGCAAGAAGUCGUGGUCGAAGCACCACCAGGCAAUGUUAUUGGAAUAAUUAAACAAGAAGGUAGUAGUUGGCGAAUGAACUAUGUAAUUAAAGAUGCCCAUGAACAACCUAUAUUAAAUAUCAUCGGUCCAUGUUGUAUCUGUGAUGGACCAUACUCAUGUUGUUGUGAGAAUAAAUUCACUUUAUUUGGUAGUGAUCGAAUAACAGAAAUUGGAGCUAUUUAUAAAAAAUAUUCUGGCUUUCUUAAAGAAGCUUUUACAAGUUCUGAUGUUUUUUCAAUGCAUGGUGAGUUUAUGGAUUUAUUUUGA